CCGGGUACCCGUUGGUACUUCGCGAUUAGCGAAGACAUUUGAUGCGCCAUAUGACGGGUUGCUAGGAUUCGCUCAAGCCGCCCGCACUGUCAACGCAACGGAACCGGAUGUAUCCGGCAGCAUCAAGAUAAACUCCAAUGAGAGGAAGGAUGCGGCGGAAGACGUCUCUCUCAACUUGUGCCAUAACACUAUGAGUGAAGAAAAUGCUGUCAAGAGAGAUGAGAUGCACAAGCCAUCGCUGUUAAUGGAUAAAGGCAACUGUGACCAUGAAGCUAUAAAACCUAACACAAAGGAGAUGGAUAAUAAAGAUGCCUAUGUAAUUCCUAUAAGAUAUGCACAAAAUCCUGCAGAAAUAGGAGAGACCACCUUUCUACAGGAAAAUGGUCAACAGAGCAAUCAGGAACAUGACUGCUCCUCAGAAGAAAGCCAGCUUCAGAAGGGACUUUGCUCGUGUCCCCCACAUGGCAUCUUAGCCAAUGUGAUAACAAAAGUUAUGGUGGCAGCACUACUGUUUGGACUUGUCUGGUCAGUUACAGGAGAUGAGUGUUUACCUGGAGGAAAUCUGUUUGGGAUACUGCUAUUACUAUUCUGUGCUGUAGUAGCAGGAAAAUUAUUUGGUCUGAUUAAAAUACCAACCUUACCACCUUUGCCCCCUUUGUUAGGAAUGCUGCUAGCAGGAUUUGUUCUUCAUAAUGUUCCAGUUGUCAAUACAGCUGUUAAUAUAAGUCAGAAGUGGUCUUCCUCUCUAAGGAGCAUUGCUCUUGCAGUUAUUCUGACAAGAGCUGGACUUGGACUUGAUGCAAAGGCUCUUCGAAAACUGAAGGCCGUGUGUGUAAGGCUUGCAAUUGGCCCGUGUUUAACAGAGGCAUGUUCUGUGGCUGUUUUGAGUCACUUUCUUUUGCAGAUUCCAUGGAUUUGGGGAUUUAUCCUAGGGUUUGUUUUAGGUGCUGUGUCACCCGCUGUUGUAGUUCCCUCCAUGCUAAUUCUCCAGAAGGAUGGAUAUGGUGUUGAACAAGGUGUCCCAACACUAUUAAUGGCAGCUGGCAGUUUUGAUGACAUUCUGGCCAUCACUGGCUUCAACACUUGCUUGGGAAUUGCCUUUUCCACAGGUUCAUCUUUGUACAAUAUCUUUAGAGGAAGCAUGGAGGUGGUUGGUGGUAUUAUUGCAGGAGUAGCAAUGGGUUUCUUUUUGCGAUUCUUUCCAAGUAAAGACCAGAAAAGCCUUGUUGUAAAGAGGAGCACAUUACUUCUGGGGCUGGCUGUGUUUGCAGUUUUUGGCAGCGGUCGGGCUGGUUUCCCUGGAUCAGGAGGCCUCUGCACACUUGUGAUGUCUUUUCUUGCUGGAGUUGGAUGGGCAGACUCAAAGGGUGUUGUAGAAGAUAUUGUUGGAGUUGCCUGGAAUAUUUUCCAACCACUUCUUUUUGGUCUUAUUGGAGCAGAAAUAUCUAUAACUUCAUUGAACCCAAAUACAGUGGGUCUUGGUGUGGCAACUCUUGUUGCUGCCCUUGCAGUACGAAUACUUUGCACUUUCCUCAUGGUAUCAUUUGCUGGAUUCAGUUUAAAAGAAAAGAUUUUUGUGUCUCUUGCUUGGGUUCCAAAAGCAACAGUUCAGGCUGCAAUAGGUCCUGUUGCAUUGGAUACAGCUAGAGAAAAACAUGAUGUGCAGCUGGAGGCAUAUGGUAUGGAUAUUCUUACAGUGGCAUUUUUAUCAAUUCUUAUCACCGCACCAAUAGGAGCUCUGGCUAUUGGCUUGGCUGGACCAAGACUCCUACAAAAACCUAAAGUAUUACAAGAGGAUAAUGAACAUGCAGGUCCUCCAGGACUGAGUGGCAAAACUGCACAGGAACUGGAACAGUCGAAUGGAGCUGAAGGUCCAAUCUGAACUUGCACUGACUAGUGAUCACAUCUGUUUCAUAUGUGAAUUAUUGAACUUUUCAAUUUGAAUUACAUUUAUAACGGCAUCAAGUUUUUCAGAUAUUGAAAGUAUAUUUUUAAGCAAAACCAAUGAAGAUUAUUCUGGCUUCAACUAUAAAGAAUUUUUUCAGUAUUAAGCAGGCAGAAAGAUUACUUUUCAUGUUCUACAUGUUCCUACUUUAGUCCAAAGUUAUUCUUUUAGGCUUGUGGGUGAGAGAGAACUGCUUCGAUGCGAGUGAGUCUCUGGAGAAAUCAAAAAUGAGUUCACUUUAUUGUACUUUUGAAUGUUGGAACAGGCCAUGACCCCCAUUUUCCCUGAAAUAUGCCAAGCUGGAAAUGAUAAAUAGACAGAUGACUUAUCAUAAUUUCAUUUUUGAAAUAUUUAAAUUUUUAUAAAAACUCACAGUUGUAGACACUCAAACUGCGGUAAGUAAACUGUAUAAAAUUUGUGGUCAAAUGGAUCACAAUGAUGUCGCAUUAAGUAGUGAGAUUUUUACAGUCUACUGAAAUUUUUUAAAAUCAUGUUUUGGGAAGUAUAUAAAUAAAUAUUCUUAAUCUGGGUCACAGGUGAUCCUUUUCAUGUCAGUUAGGAGGCCCGAAACAAACCCUGAUAUCACAUGGUACAGUGGCCUUUUUAGCACCACCUCGUUGAGGAGCUAAUCAAAUUUUAUAUGUCUGAUGACAUUUAGUAACCUUUGCAUUAUAUAUUAGUCAUGAUGUGUGACAUGCCCAGUCAUUUAUGUCUUUCUAAACAUACCCAAGACGUACCUCGCCCUUAAUUCAUAUAAAACAUACACUACGGUUAAAUUAGGGAGGUGUUAUGCUUGAGUAAUGCCAACUAUCGAGUAGAUAUGUUUGUAGUGGGUAGGUCGUGUAGGAUGACUGUCAAAAAAGGUUGUGAGACUGUGAUACAGUGCUGUGGGCCACAGCCAAUCCUGUCUCAGUGUGUCAGACUUUCUGGUAUGUAAAUGAUCUGAUGUAAACAUGCAAUUCGAUUGGCUCUUCAGCAGAGCUCCCGAAACGCAGAUUUACAGAGGUCUGCAGCUAGACCUUCACCUCCUUUUUCAAUGGAGAGGUCAAAAUGUGAGAAGUCCAGUUAAAGCUUUGCUGGCAUGUUGCAUUGUAUGUUUUACAUUUUUUUGUUAUUUCAUAUGUUGUGGCUUCAUAUAAAAAUAAACCUGCCGCUACAUGAACAGACUGAGGCUGUUUAAUCUUAAAAGCAAGUCAGGUAAAAUUGCGGCAAAAGAAGUCCAUUCCAUUCUUUUAGCGGUGGUAAUUGGCUUUUAAUUAAGGACAUGGCUGAAACAAAAGCCUGUAGCCCCUGUGGCCAACUGGGAUCUCAUUUUGACAGCUCUGGUUUAAGGUUUUGGUCACAAGGUGAAUUUUCUUUGCAAAUCAUUUAUACCUUAAAAUUAUCAUGGGCAGUGGUAUCAGUGAUUACAAGAAGUGAGUUGUGUCACAAAUAUUUAAAACUGUUAUGCUAAAAGAUCCUUUGUACUGAGAUGUUUUUUCAGAAGAGGAUGAUCUCAAAAACUGUGAAAGCUUAAAAAUGCUGUAAAUGUAUCCUUAGGUAGUCAAAUAGAAAGACAGACAGACCCACUUUUUUGGGGACCUUUUCUGACAACCUGAGCUUGCUCACUAAUCCCUAUCUCUAUCUCUAUCUCUAUCUCUCUCUCUCUCUCUAUCUCUGUCUGUCUCUAAUUGAUUAACUAUCGGCACCCCUUCACCACCUAACAGCUAAUAUGUGCUGAGCAUACUGGCACAAUAAUGGCUGUCUUCACAUCAUCCAGGUGGAUACUGCACAUUAGUGGUGGUUGAAGUGAAUCCGUACUCACUGCGUAAAGCACUUUAGUAGCAACAAAAGCUAUAAAUGCAAAGAAUUAUUUUUAUCAUUAUCGAUAUUUUUAUUAUACAAGUAAAGUUGGCUGUUACAACAUGCAUCACCAUUAUAUUGCAUUUGUGAUUAAUAAUUUGUAGUUGUUUAACUAUGCACAUCUGUUUGCCAUCUCAGACUUUGGUACCCCACAAAAAUAAUGCAGUUGUGCAUAUGUGUCCCUCAGUUUUGCAAAUAUUUCCUUUAUGUUGCCUGUUACCUAGCGAUUGCCUGUGAGAAGCAUGUCCACUGUUAUUUAUUCUCCAGUUUUUCAAAAGUAGAUAGAUGUAAAACUUGACAUACUUCAGGGAACGAGUGUUCUGUUUUGUUUUCAUUCUGCCUGUUCUCACUUAAGACACCGUGCUUUGCGCCACAUACAGAAAAGCCUUUUUUUCUGUAACAAUGACGAGCCUUUGUAAAACUGAACUGAAAACUUGAGAACAGUGGGUCAGAUUGUAAUUGUGCUAAAAUAAUAAACUAAUUUUGUAAAUAAAGAAUUACUUUUAUGUCA